AUGCUGUUACUUUCGCUCUGCCGCUACGCGCGGUACGGGUCCAGCAAGGGCAGGGGGCCGCUCAUAGCGAAGUUCGCUCCCGUCGGUUUCAAGAAAGGCUUCGGCGCGGUCGGCCUGGGCAAGCACACCAAAAAAGGAUUCUUCAUCAUAAACAAGUUGCUGGUGCCCAACCUACACGUGCCACAAAAUACUAAACCAGAGCUGAAGCCCUACGUGUCUCCAAGAACUCUGCAACUCCUAUCGCAAGAACGAGAAAAAGAAAAGGCGUAG